AUGCCGCCUGCUCGCUCGUACGGCCCGCGAGAGGGCCUGUUUCGCCGCCGCAACCUCGCCCUCGCCGCCCUCGCCUUCUUCUUCUUCGUCGCCCAUCCCUCCGUUCGGACAUCGCCUUCGCGGCUGCUCAAGAGCCGGUACAAGCGUCCACCGAAGCCACCGCAAUCCCAGGCAGCGGUGGCGUAUUGGGCGGCCGAGGUCGCGCCAGACACCCGGAUACAGCCCGUCCUCGCCGACUUGUACGUUGAGCGGCAGAAGCGGCGUGCGGAGGCUGUCGCGCAUGCUCAGGCUCGCGGGCUGCGACUGAACGACCGCACGCGCGAGUCGGAUGCGCCUGUCGUCGUGUACUGGUCCGAGCCGCCGUACUGGUGGAAGAAGGAAUACGGGACCGGCCAGGGCGAACACAUCCAGGUCGACAACUGCCCCGUCAAAUGCACCCUCGUCUCCGGUCACUCCAACGACACCGCCCAGCGCGACGCUCACGUCGUCAUGGAGUACAAUACGCACCGGAACCGCAUCGACGGCCUCCCCGCGACGGGCCCUCGCUCUCUCCGCCCGUGGCAGAAGGCCGCCCUCUACUCGAUGGAGGCUAACUCGGUCCUCGAGAACCACCUCGACCUGCUUAAGCUCUUCGACAUUUUCUCCCACUUCUCCGCCUACUCGGACAUCCGCUUUGAGACCUACAUCCCCAACAUGUGCGACGACCCCGAGGACGCCAACUCGCACUGCAUCGGUCUCCCCGAUGUCACGUCUCGAGCUGUCGCAGACCGGUGGUGGGGCAAGGACCGCACGAAGAGUCCUUUCUUUGACGAGCAGCUCGCUGCGCAAGCUCCCUUGCCGACUGGCGAAGUUCGCCUCGCUACCUUCAUCUCAAACUGCUACGGCUCGACUCGGAACCGCCUCAUCAGGGAGCUCGUCGAGGAGGGCAUCGUCUUUGACCAUUACGGCAAGUGCAAGGAGGACGUGUUUGGCGGAGUUCCCCAGAACUACUCGGCCAAGAUCUCUGCUCUUGUCAAGCCAGACCCAGACUCGCCCUCGCAGAAGCUGCGGUGGCAAGCCAAGAUGAAGAUCCUCGCCAUGUAUCCGUUCGUUCUGAUUCUCGAGAACACGAUCCUGUCCGAUUACAUCUCGGAGAAGAUCACGCAGGGCAUCCUCGCCGGCGGCAUCCCCAUAAUACUCGGCGCGCCCAACCUCGCAUCCGAGAUCGACCCACCAACAGCUCCCCACCCACCCCUCUACAUCGACGCGAUGGAUUACACGCCUUCUGAACUCGCAGCCCACCUCCGCCGCCUCGCAGCCGAACCAGCCCUGCACGCCGAGUACCGCGCCUGGACAAAGACGCUUCCCGAUGCGCCGGUCGUCGAGUACGCACGGCGAACAAGCGACAACAACUACCUCGAGAACGGGCUCAUGAGGCCUAUCUGCGACAUUUGCCAGUACUACCACGAGAACUACGACUGGGAGACUCAGGCGCCCGUGGCGUUCUGA